GGCGGAGAGAUGGAAAAGGUGGAGAAGGUGGAGAAGGUGUAGAAGGUGGAUGGACUCCGAGGAGAUAGGAAGAUGAAAUUCGGGAGAUGGAGGACAUGGAGAUGAACAGGGAUCGGCAGCUUCUCUUCCGCUGCAAUGCAGCUAGAGACAGGUCAAUAAGUAGCGAGAGUCAGAUGGAAUUCCAGGAAUGGAGAAGGGAUGGAAUUCGAGUAAGUGACGGAGAGGGAGACGAUGGAGAUGGAGAUGGAGAUGGAGAUGGAGAUGAUGGAGAUGCAGACGAGAUCAAAAGCAGAUGGGAGAUGGAGAAGGUGAUGGAGAUGAUGAAGAUGGAAAUGGAGAAGAAGAGCGGAAAUGGAGAAGGCGAUGGAGAGGGAGAAGGGGUGAUGGAGAUGGCGAAGGAGACAACAACUUGCCUCUGCGCGACUUCUCUCUCUGCUGUUUCACCCAAAAACACAAUCGACCUCAUCUUGAAUGGUCAUAUAGCCAAAGUGGAGGAUAAGAGGAGGAACAUGGCCAAGGAAAGUGAGGGGAUACUGGAUAAAACCACUAAGUUGGAGGAGACCCUUAAGAGGAUCUGGGAAGUCGCGAAGGAUCUCGGGGUAGAUGACACAAGGGUGGAUGGAGAUGGGUACGAUCCGGCACUCAUGGGGAUAAUGGGGGAGAAAGAGGAGGAACUCAGGCAACUCCUGGACAACCAGCCUCCGGCCCCUCCUCCACCAGAGGGAGAAGGGGACGAGGCGGGACGGAACAAGAGGAACGGAUUCGUCCCCAUCAGCUCGGCACAAUGGCUCGAGGGAAGAGUGAGGCGACAGCAAGAUAGGGGGUGGGUAGGGAGUGGUUUCAACAACUUGGCCCCGAUUGAUAUCAAGGGCUGGAAGUUCCUAGCCAACAUCUCUAAAAGCGAGGUCGAGAAAUGCCAGAGGAAGGCAUUAGCAGGAACACUGGACUAUGCCAACACUACCCCACACUUCGGCGGUCCCACCUCGAUCAGGAUUGUCAAGCCAAAGAUCUGGGAGGCUCAGAGGAGCUCCGUGCAACCGGCUGUAUCGAUCGGCAACUUUGCAAUAGCGGAUAUCCUGACUGCGCAACCGCAAAUCACGAUUGUGGUUGGGGUCAUACUUACUGUGGAAUGUAAAGGUGUAGCAAUUGGUGAGUUACGAGGCUUUGGCACCAGAACGGAGGAAGGGAUAAUCAUUUGUGAUGUAAGAUUGAGGGGGGUCUCUGGGGAUGAGGCAUUCCCGGGUAAGCAGACUUGGCUACUCUGGCCUACGAUGAGAACGACUAUGGGAGAGGUAGCCUCAUCGAUAGCGGCUACAUUGGACCAUGGUGAAGAUAUUGGAGGGGAUUGCUUCUAUGGAUUCGGCGGCCUGUUUGGCCCGGACUCGGACUAUUGGGCAAAAAUCUUGAGAAUUGGGGACGCCCUGUUUGCGGAGCCAAGACCACGCGGACCAUAUACGGACGGAGCACUGGUACUGACUGGUUCGAAUAUAGCAUAUGCUGCUAAUGAAGCAAGUGGCGGGAUGGCAGGAGAAAGUGCGGGGGUCCAUCCGGAGGCAGUAGCGCACUGUAGCAGUGCAGCCUGAUUGAUGGAGGCAAAUGGAGGAACAAGGAAGGGGAUGGAUUGCCCCCCCAGUA